UCAACUGAGCGCAUGUGUGUCUCAACUGUCGGAAUCUUAUUAACUAUUUGCUGCAGCUGAGACGAGACUGGCAAAGUUGUUUCCGUCCGCAGUGACGGGAACUUAAUGUGACAGUGUAAUUCGAGCGCAAUUUUCGCUCUUCGCGGAUUAAUUGGGCAUGACACGGACUUUGGGAUCGUAGCUCGGCGUUGAAGCUGGCCACAGAAGUCCGCAGUCGAAAGCGUGCUUUUCGAUCACUGCGCUGCUCUCCAAAAACAAUGUCCGAAGAAUGCGGCUCUGAGCUGAACGCUGUGGGCUGCUACAGUUUCAGCGGCUUUGAUACCAAGACGCCGUUCCUGAUUGGCGUCGCCGGUGGCACGGCAUCUGGGAAGACAUCGGUAUGCCGUAAGAUUAUGUCUCGGGUGGGCCAGGAGGGCCAAGUGGUGUGCAUCCACCAGGACAACUUCUACAAGGGACUGUCGCCGCUUGAGCGAGAUCGGGCCAACCGAGGGCUCUUCAACUAUGACCACCCAGUUUUGAACACCAGGCACGGGACCAUGAAAGCAAACCUCAACUCAUCUCGACCUUUAUGCGCCAGUACCGUGUCAUCCGAAGGUUUCCCAUUCCCAGAUGUGUUUGACGACGAGCUGAUGGCAGCAACGCUGAGCGACAUCUUGCAGGAAAAGGUGGUGCAGCUGCCUGUCUACGAUUUCAUCACUAGCACACGGUUGAGGGACCAGUGGAUAAGCAUAGCGCCCGCAGACGUUGUUCUGGUGGAAGGAGUGCUGCUGUUUUACUUCCCACGCCUGCGAGACAUGUUCCACAUGAAGCUCUUCGUGGAUACUGACCCUGACACACGGCUUGCACGCAGAGUGCUGCGUGAUGUGAAAGAACGUGGUCGGGACCUCGAAAAAGUUCUGCACCAGUACACUAAUUUUGUGAAACCCGCAUUCGAGGAGUUUUGCCUACCUACAAAGAAGUAUGCUGACGUUAUAAUUCCCAGAGGUGCUGACAAUGAAGUGGCCAUCGAUCUGAUUGUGCAGACUAUUCAAGAGCUGCUGCAUCAUCACCACAGCCGUGGGGAACCACUGCCUCGAUCGGGCUCUUCCUUAGCCAAGCACCCACACUGACCUGACUUCUAGGAGACUUGCUUUUACGUAUGACAAACGUUGUAGACUGUCUGACACUUUGCCGCUAGUAAAAACACUACACACAAGAAUGACACGAACACGACGUGUUCGUGUCUUUACUAGCGGCAAAAUGUCAUACAGUAAGCAAUACCAACUAGGCCAGGAAGUUCUCCUCAAAUGUUGUAGAGUAUGCCUGGUGUACAUUUUGUGUAAUCUUAUUUGGGCUCUAAAUACAAGGAUGGUGGUCAGGCCUCUCUUGCGUGUGUUCUUUAGGCAUUUAAGAAAGUGUUGGUGUUGUGGCUACUUGCGAGUUUGAUAGCAUUUAACCUGUUGCCCUAAUUUCCAGGGUGAUAAAAAGAGCAUUGUUCGUUAUAAACUUUGCCUUUUUACUGCAUUAUUCAUUGCACUGCAUCUCACAAACAGUUUGCUUGGGAUUGUACAGCUUUGCAACCGAUUGUACGUGCCAGCUAACUGCAUGAAAGUGUAACAAGUGCUGCUUUAAUAACUGACACAUGUUGUCAAUGGGCACAGCAGUGGGGCUGACGCAGUGAUUCAAGUUGAUUCAAACUCGCACACCACGGGUUGUGUAGUACGUGCUCAAAAGCAAAGUGCAUGGAAAACAUAGGGACAAAGAAAUAGACAACACAGAUGCUGAAGCGCUUGUGUUAGUGCUUGUGUCAUCUAUUUUCAUGCUAUUUUGUUCUUGAGCAUGGACCCAUACCCAUGUUGGCACAAUUUUCAGUCUUUCUCAGCGCAACAUACGGAUGAGGAAGGGGGCUGCUAUACGAAGCAGUGUUUUUGUGACAUAAAUACAUUAAUAACUAUUCGUGGCACCAUGUACUCCCUCAUUUAGAAAUAAUGCUCGACUGCUAAACCAAAGGUUGCGGGAUCAAAUGCUGCUUGCCGUGGCCAGAUUUAGAUGGAGGCAAAAGGCUUGAGGCCCGUGUACUUAGAUUAAGGUGCACAUUACAGAACUACAGGUAGUUAAAAUUUCCAGAGCCCUCCACUACGGUGUCCUGCAUAAUCAUAUUGUGUUCUUGGGGCGUAAAACCCCGGCAAUUAUUAUUAUAUUAAUUUAGAUAUAUCAUAGGGCUGUGAACUAGUCAAGCUGUUCUAAAGACAGCUUUUUGUCACUGCCCUUCUUUCUGCAUGACAGAAUGAAAAUAAACUUGAUUUUAUUUGAUUGUCCACACAUGGGCUGAUCGUAUCACACAAUCCUGAACAAAGCAACUGCACAUACAGUCAUAUGGAAGCAGGCGAAUGAGUGUUCAGCGCACAUCGUAUUGAUCAUUACUUGGUGGUGAAGCACCACAAUACUGCCACUUGUGCAGCGUUUCACGCUCAGUGGCCGUGAGAACAGUCCCACUGUUUCAUGUGCGCAGCAACUUGUGCGCUCGGCGACCAGCAAGCCAGUUGUCUCAUUUCAGUUCAACGCGAAGCAUGCGUUGUGACGGGCCAUCUGUGGGCAGAGAAAGAAGGUUUUGAUUACGAAUGGCUGACUACAUCUCACUCAUACCCUAGUUACACGGGCACGCUAACCUCAAUUACGACGAACCUCAGUUAACCGCAGUAAACUACAGUUACCGCCAACUGCAGUUGGCACCUGUUACACGUGAAAAGCUGUCGAUGGUUUUCGGCUGUGAAGCAGGUCACGUGGCACACAGCUUCACGAAUAAAAUAUAAAGAUUUAGCUGCGUUUCGUAAAUAUACUUGCAAAUAAAAUGUAUUCCCUUUGAAAUAAAUACCUCCUGUUUACACCUGCAGUCCCCGAGCUUAUUGCAUCACGUAUUUUGACAAUGUUUGGCAGAAGUUUGGGCUGAUGCUCGCAACUAUGGGCGAAGUCACCUGGCGGUCGGCGUGAAAGCCAGGACAAUCCGUUGCCUGGUAUGUUUAUCACCGUGUCUAUCCGUGUGCGGUCCGUGAUUUGUUUUGCCGUACUGUUUCAUUUAUCAGCAACUUUAGCGUUGAGACAUAUCAGUUGACGCGCUUCUGGGACGACGUUUCGGCCUUCGUUAGAACCAUGCUGCCUCGGACUGCCGACAUCGAUACCGCCAUUUUGUUAGUUAGCUUCGUUAACUGAGGUCGUCAUCCUCAGUUUGGGGCAACCACAGUUAGUGGCAUAACUGCAGUUAGGCUUUCCGUAUAAAUGGAUGUGACCGCGGUUUACUGCAACUGAGGUUCGUCGUAACUGAGGUUAGCGUGCCCGUGUAACAACGGUACCAGUGUUUGCCAGGCAACACAUAUUGAGGCUGUGCUGUUGUCUUGCGAAUUCACAUGCACUCCAUUUUCCAUACUUCCAUGUCAUGCAUUGACUUGUUUUUAUUCUGUUGCUAUUACAGCAUGGCAUGCAGUACCAGACCAGUAGUUGAACAGUUAGGGUUCAGGGUCAACUUGCAAACAUUGUGCAAACAAUAAAAACUGUUCAGUGAAAUUGACAAUUUCGUUGCAAUAGCUGAUUAUCUUAAAGCGAAACAUAAGUGUACAGUGGUCCUGGGGAACAUUCAGACCAAAUUGGCUACGAAUUUUGUGCACCUGAAUGAUAUAUUGGGGUGGUCACAAGCACAAAUUAAUUCAAAGCAUGCCUCAUAUAUUAUGGCCGAUUACUCUUAAGCUGUUUUUAAUAACGGUAAGCUACAUUAAAUGCACUUUAAAGUAUUCGCUCACUACUUUAGGGCACCGUACUAACUGCCAAAGUGGAUAAUUCAGUUUCCUCACUUUAUUGUACUUAAGCUUUGCUCUCUCCCCAAGGUGAGUGUGUGACACUGUGCCUGUAUCACUCAAAAUAGAUAGUGCCAUAGUUAAAGGCAGUUUGAGGUGGCUGUCUGACUGGUAUAAUAUUAAACUGCCAACAGUGUAUAAAUUGACCCCGCAGCGACCACACAUUCUUGGCAGGUAAACUGUGCAGCACUUACUGGAUGACAAAUUCAGAGGUAUGUCAUAAGUGUUAAGAAAUGCCUAUAUUGCAGCUUUCACAUCUUAUUGGAGGGAAACAGCGCGAAAGACGAAGGACCAGGCAGAGAAGGACACGAACAACUUUAGCUGCAUUUUUUUCACAUCUUAGCUGUAAAGAACGAGCGAGUGAAACAAGUGUGUGAGCCUGACAUAAGAAUUUCAAGAUUAUGUCCAGGGGGAAAAAGUAAUGUUCAGUGCCAUUUGUUUAUGAAACAUGAGGUCAGUGGUGAGGCCUAGGAUUGUAAAAAAAGGAUGUGACAUGCAGGAUGUCACGCAUCCAUCACUGCAUUCAAUAACCACCAAAAAGGUGUUAUAUCAGCAUUUGCGAAAUUGGGUUAUUGUUGAUAUGAAUAGAAUAGAACUGGUGCAUAGUUCGUUAUGCAUACCUGCCAAGUCUCCCGGAUUUUGAACGUUUCUCCCGGUUGUACGGGUCAUAGGAAAAUCUCCCGGAAAUGCAGUUUUACCCCGCGCGUCCAGUGCCUUGUCUGGCCACGCAGUAGAAAGGAUUCUUCUUUUUUUUCUUUUAACGAUGGUAGAAAGGUUCAACUCAGUUUCAUUGCGCAUGAAGUACUAGUGCACUUUGCGCCGCAGUGCUGCCAACGCAAACGUGUCAUUGCACUGCGCCGCGUCUUGCCGGUGAUGCGCUUCUCAGUUUGGCCUGGGGAAUUCAAUUUCAUUCAUCACAAGCUCGUGAUGCAGGUGGCUGUUUGAUGUCGUGACGCGAGGUGAGACGUUUCGCGUACAGAUGCGCUACGCGCAAUUUAAAAAUCGAUCCUAAAUGUGUUAUAGGUUAUACCAGCCCUUAAGAUUUCGUAGAUGAUGCGUUUGUGUACACACAAAUCUAUCCCACAAGUUAUCUCGCCUUCAAAAUUUUGUCACUACUGCUUUAAAAGGGUAGCCGUUACCGAUGUCUGUCGAGAUAGCGCGUUCACCAGCGCUUGCGACCGUCCCCGUCUCAACGGCGCCCCUUAUGGUCCCUUGCCCGACGAAAUAACUGGUAAGCAAGCGACGACAGGCCUCGCACGCGGAGCGAUGUUAUCGCAUGUGCCCUUCGCGCGACGGUGACGGCCGGGUCGUUUCAUCUCUGCUUCAACGGCGUUCGUCACGCGCUUUUACUCGCACGUGAAACAGACGAUGCGUAAAAGCGAUGUUAUCUGUUUGGGCUCUGUACAGAUCAGCGGCGACCGCAAAAUCCCGCUGACAGUGUCCAUAUAAUUGCUAUCGCAGUACCCCCCCCCCCCCCGCGCGGUCGGCAUACUUUAUACCCCCCCCCUCCUGCGGUCGACAUAUUUUAUACCCCCCCUCCCUCCCCGUUAGUAGAUCUCCCGGAUUCCGUUUCUCCAAACUUGGCAGGUAUGGUUAUGUAUCAUGAGCAUGUUGAAAGAAUAUAACAGCAUGGAAAUGCAUAUGCUGUUCUAAUGCUAACACUACACUUUAUUAGUCUGGAACUACAUGUUGGUACUUUUUGAAGCAUGAACCACAUCGUUAUAUCAUCCAAAAAUGACUCGCAGUUCUUUUAUUGGAGCUUCUUUGCACUAAGGAGGCAUAACUCAUGUUGUACACAGAAGCCGAUGUUUAGCGAGUUAGCUCAAGGAGUGAAUUUUGUAAUCAAUACAGUGUUAGCCACUUAGUAAACAGUUUCAUUGUGGAAAACUGUGUUUGGCUGUAACAUAGACCAAAGGGAAUUUUGUAAGGGGAUGUUUAUAGCAGUACGAUAUCAAUAACGGCUAUCAUUGGUGUCAAAAUGUCUGACGAUAAUUUUUAUUCAGCGCUGCGUGGGCCCUGGCAGUGUGUUGUACGUAAUGAUGUUCUUGAAUUUUGUGCAUCACCUUAGGUAUGGAGCAAAGAAGGGGCUUCUGAUUUUCCGGGAAAAUGUCCUAAAACUUCUCGUGAUUCAUAUCCAUGUGUAUUUCUUUAAACUGUUCCAUGGCCUUCUCAGUGAGCUAAUGUGCAAGAACAUUGUUCUAAAUUGCCCUGCAAACUCUGCCUUUUUUACUGCGUUGUUUAUCGCCCCGCAUCUCACCUGGUGACCAAUGGUCAGAUUGUUGGCAGUCAUGUAUGGUUAGACUUCUUUUGUUGCCAUAGUUGCUGCUUUUCUUGAUGGAGCUGAAAAAAUAGCCACCUGAACACAAGGAGGCAAUAAUGUGUAUUACUCUGAAGGAAUAAUUAAAGUUGCGAAUUUAUGUAAAAAUAA